CAGAAUGAUAACACAAGGGGGGAAACUCGCCAAAGCUGCAGCUUGCUCAGUUUGUUCUGGAGAUUACUUCGCCUCUUAAACCUUCAACAUGGUCGACGCCUUCUGUGCCACCUGGAAACUGGUCGACAGUGAGAACUUCGAUGAGUACAUGAAAGCUCUUGGUGUUGGCUUUGCCACCCGCCAGGUUGGAAAUGUGACCAAGCCGACUGUGGUCAUCGCCCAGGAGGGAGACAAGGUGGUGGUUCGCACCCAGAGCACCUUCAAAAACACAGAGAUCUCCUUCAAGCUGGGAGAGGAGUUCGACGAGACCACCGCCGAUGACAGGAACUGCAAGUCCACCGUGACCAUGGAGGGAGACAAGCUGGUCCACGUCCAGAAGUGGGACGGCAAGGAGACCAAGUUCGUCAGGGAAAUCAAGGACGGAAAGCUGGUCAUGAAUCUGACCUUCGAAGACAUCCACGCGGUGCGCAGCUACGAGAAGGCAUAAGUGCCCCGACUGGCAGCAUCCCAACCGGCAACGAAGUGUUGAUUUUAUAAUUAUUGUUGACUGUUUGCUUCUCUUUUGCACUCCAUCCUCCUCCACAUGCUCGAGGCCAGCAGGCUGCACAUGUUUUGUAAGAAUCUUUUCUUUUUUAUAUAUGAAAACAUUUCUGUCGUGACGGAUGGAUCGUCUUUGCAAACCUGUGUGAGAAAAACCUGAAAUAAAAAACACAGAGACUACA